GAAGUUCUAAAAAGUCAGUCAGUAUAAAUUGUACUUCAUCGAUCAGUUGUUAAUUUUUCCAUCGAUACUAAGCAAUAUUUGCCGCGGAAAAUCAAGCUAAAAGAUGUUUCUUUGGACAACUCUGACGGCAUUUGCUCUGAUCGUGCAAGGGCAAUCUUAUGUGAUAUCGAAACCGGAUUCGAAUGACCUCUACUGCUCUUCCCCUGAGACCUCGUGCCCCGAAGGGUGUUGCCCACUCGAAGGAGCCGUUUGCUGCGAUUCCGGACUGGCCUGCUGUCCUCAAGGCACCGCCUGCGUUCAAAACACGUGCAUCGGGUUGCAGACUCAGAGAGGGAACUACAGCAUUUACUCGGAAAAGGCAACCUUACUGAAUCACGUCGUCGAAAAAUGCCCAGCUUUCACGACCGAUUGCAAAGACAAGUGCUGCCCCCUUCCCGAUGCAGUCUGCUGCCCCGACGGUCUGCACUGCUGCCCGGACGGUUUUACAUGCGACCUGAAGGACGGGACUUGUGUGAAGAAAGUUGCAGGCGAGGCGAUGUCACGCCCCCUGGUGCGAGACCUGGCAGCGGUUCCUAACGGGAAAUUCGGAUCCUGGUAUUCCGAAUGCCCUGGUGGACAUCACUGCCCGAUUCACACGAGAUGUUGCACUACCGACCUUGGAGGAGAGAGCUGUUGUCCACUGAGUCUUCGCGUCCCGCCAGCUCAAAACGAUUGCUGUAUGACCAUAUAUGGAUGGAAAUGUUGCUACGGAGAUAACCCCUUCUGUUCUUACACGGGCUGCUAUUAAAGUUGAUGUCUGCGUGUUUUUUUUUUUUUUAAUGAAUUGUUUACUACGCUUUAUGUCAUUUCUUUUCA